CGUAUGAAAACAAACUACGUCAGUUUGGAGCGAAACUUUUCGAAAGCGUUUGGCACGAUGGGCAGCUAUUGGACUUGCACUCUGGCUAAAAUAACCUGUUAUAUCUCACUAGUAGUACCUUAAAGAAGCUUUGAACGACGACACUAUAAGCAGACGAGGAAAAAUGGACGGGCUUGAAAUGUCUGCGAUGAUUCCUGCUCUUCAAGAGCUAGCUAGUGCCAGCGCUGCUGAGUACGAAACAGCCGUGCAGAAACCUCGACAGAUCCUCUGCCAGUUUAUUGACAGGAUACUGACUGACGUGGACGUCGUUGCUUUAGGACUAAAUAAAAAGUCCAGUUCAGAGCCAGCAUGUGUGAUGCUGCUUGACUUUGUGCAGCACAUCGUCAAAUCCUCGUCCCUGAUGUUUGCAAAUCCUGCCUGCCAACCUGCUGAUUACCCAGACACCGUACAGAGCUGCACUGAUUUCAGUAAAUGGGUGAUGCUGCAUUUGCUUCGUGUGGCAGCAGCUCCAGGCUGUGAUGUCAUUCACGGGCGCGUCUCUGCCGUAUUGUGCUCUUUACUACACACUCUAAGAGUCAGGAUGCCGUUCAUCUUCAGCUGCCUCACCGAAGAAGUCAUAUCAUUGACCCAGGAGCUUAGCAGCAUCCUGCACACUCACAUAGUGACACUGGCAGGACCUGGACACAGUGUGGGUGCUCACAUCCAGGACAAAUGGCCUGUGAAGCUUCAAUGCUUCAGCAUCAGUUCCAUUCGUGCCUCCGUCUACCUCACCCCUACUCUCCUUCUACUCUCCUCUCCUGCUGCCUUGGAGUCGCUGACUGCUGUGACUCUCAGUAUCACAAGUGACUCUCUGAGAGGAAUCAUUUCCUGUCGGGACCUGAGUUUGUCUUGGGACACGGCAUGCUCCAUCUUGGCUAACGGCAACACCAGGCUGAGGAAGGUCUCCAUGGUGUUGCUAAGGAAACUGGUAGAGCUGCAGAGGUUUCCCGAGAUGCAGUGUCACAAAUUUUUCACGGCCUUUUUUCAUUUGCUGGAAACGCACUCCGACACAUCCGCAGCAAAACACUCAAACGAGAGCCAACCCUAUGGAGGAGAGCUGAUCAACUUAACCCGCUGUUUGUUUCAGUCGUCCCACAUUUCUCCCUCUGACUUUGAGUCCAUCUACCUCUCACAGAUGUUUGAGUGUGUCUGUGCUCUUGGAGGGGCAGGAGUUAAACUGGAGUCAGAAGUUACUGAAUCUGUUUGCCUGCUGUUCCGUUUUUUACUGUCUGUGGCUGAGAUUCAUGAGAGUGCUGUGCUGCUGAGGAAGCAGAGGGUCACAGAUGUCUGCAGAACCUUGGCAGCCACCAUUGGGACAGAAAAUCAAGCAGAAUGUGCAGAAGGGUUUCUUCAAGCCGCACUGAAAUCUGAGACAGCGACAGUGAUGCAGGAGUCGGGAGAUGGAGAGAGUUCUGCUAAGAAGUCCCGCAAAUCUGCCGUUAGUCCAGUCAGCAAGGCAGCUGAGCUGGCCAUGCAGGUUCAGGGUGAGGUUUGGUCCGUGUUGAACGCUCGUCUUGAGGAAUUGCUCACACUUUUGGACUCUGCUGAAGCUCAGAGCACACAGGUGCUGUUUGCACUGCAGGGUCUAACUCUCAUCCUCCGCCUGGCAGCCUGCUGCUCCUCUCCCAUCAGUUCACUCCGUUUGGCCUGGCUGUCCCCAGGGACUCUGGGCAGGAUGUUGAAGAGCUGCCAGUCUGUGUUAGAAGGAGCCUCUCCACCUGUGUCUGAUCAGGACUAUUUUCAUGCUGCUUUCCGGGCAACUGUCAGCAUCCUUGACUCUGUUCUCUUCUUAACAUUGAGCAGCCAGGUGGAGGAUGAGCUCCAGCGGCAUGUGUGUGCUCUGCUGUCUCUUCCAUGGGUGUGUGAGAACAAGUCUUCAUCCGUCUUUAAGAGUUCAAGAUUUCCCUCCUGGCUCCCCACCUUGGCUCAGAGACUCAGCUUCUGUUACGCACCUGAAGUCCAGGCAGAUUGUGUGUCACUGCUGGCCUUUCUGCACCACGGUGUGUGUGAUAAGUGGCGUGUGUGUGUCUUCAGCAACAUGCUGCAGAGUCAGAAUGAGGCACCGAGAGCUGCAGCUGUCAAGGUCUUCCCGGUUCUCCUUCACCACCUGGGAGACUCCCAGGAUGACCUGAUUAACACGACGCUGCUGCCCAUGCUGGAAGACACAUCAGAGCAGGUGAAGAUGGAGCUCGCCAGGAUUGUUGGUCAGCUCAGCUGCAUCUCCUCAGGACUCUCCGAGCUUUGUGACAUCCGCGUGGAGUCCCCGUGUCCUCCUAAAAUACUCUGUCUCUGCUGCAGCCUUGCAGCAGAGCAUGCUGGGAAAGAAAAAGCAUCUCUCAAGGCUUCUAUCAUUAGACCUUUUCUCCCUUUACUCAGACCACAAUGUCCAAGUUGUGUUAAACAAGCGUUUCUGGAAGCUCUGCCUCAUCUCUGCCAACAUGUGAACCUGACUGGUGGAGACGGUGAUUCCCGAGCAGUUCUCUGUGCCCUGAUUGGCCUCAUGGAGGAUUCGGAUCCUGCAGUUAGAACACGCUUCGGCCAAUCUGUGCGCUUUCUGUUGACAGAGACCAACAAAAACUCAGAGCAUGGCGUUUUGAAUGAGCUUCUGGUUGCACGUCUUAAGGAGGCGUUCAACAACGCUAAAGUCAACAGAGAUGAUGAUCUACGAAACACUCUCAUCCUCACCACCGGAGAGAUUGGCAGAGCCUCUCAGGGUAGUUUGGUGUCCUUUUGUCUGCUACGUCUCCUCCACUGUCUUCUGUCCAAGUCGUCCUCAGUGUCUGUGGCUGCGUACACUCAGAUCAGUGCGCUGGCUGCUGCCAAAGGUCUGAAACUGCAGACGCUUUUCAGUCAAUACAAGAACCCCAUCUGCCAGUUCCUGGUGGAGUCGCUGCACUCGCGUCACGCAUCGGCCCUACGCAGCACACCAGAUCACAGCAGCGAAUCAGCCAAUCAGAGAGAGCUUGCUUUGGACAUCCUGGCUCAGAUCGCACAUGCCUUCAACUUCCCAGACCUCCACCGCUUCCUCACACGAACCCUUCAGGUGCUGCUGCCCUACUUAGCUGCCAAGGCCAGCUCCACAGGCUCCGCCCUCAUCCGUACUUUAGCCACUGAGCUAAAGGCGAACAGGAGAGAGAUUCUGAUUAAUAAUUUUAAGUACAUCUUCAGCCAUCUGGUCUGUUCCUGCACCAAAGAGGAGCUGGAGAGGGCCUUUCACUACCUACAGAGCGAGACAGAGAUCGAACUUGGCUCUUUGCUGCGUCAAGACUUCCAGGGUCUUCACAAUGAGCUGCUGCUGCGUUUGGGAGACCAUUACCAGCAGGUGUUCAAUGGUCUGGCUAUCUUGGCCUCGUUUGCAUCCAACGAUGAUCCGUACCAGGGUCCUCGCGAUAUCACCACCCCUGAGCAUAUGGCUGACUAUUUGCAGCCAAAGCUUCUGGGCAUUCUAGCUUUUUUUAACAUGCAGCUCCUCAGCUCCAGUGCAGGAGAGAAGGACCGUAAAAAGAUGGCUUUGACAAGUGUGAUGGCUCUGAUGCGUCUGAUGGGCUCCAAACACAUUAGCUCCAUUCGAGUGAAGAUGAUGACGACGCUUCGCACCGGCCUUCGUUACAGGGAAGACUUCCCCCUGCUCUGCUGCAAAGCGUGGGAGUGUUUUGUGAGGAGCGUGGAGCCUUCUCACCUCGGCCCUCUGCUGAGUCAUGUUAUCGUUGCACUUCUCCCUCUGAUUGCACUCCAGCCCAAAGAAACUGCUGCUAUCAUUCGUUUCCUCAUCCUGGAGAACAGGGAAGAAGUGAACGACUACCUCCAUGAGAUUUACUUUCUACCUGACCUCCCAGAGCUGAGCGAUAUUCACUCGGUUCUGCGAGAUUACAAGAAGCUGACAGCCAGCAGCAGCGACCUGGCUGCAGUGCUGCAGCUGUCAAUGAGAGCCGUGCAGCACGAGAACGUAGACGUAAGGAUCCACGCGCUGACCAGCCUCAGGGACAUGAUGCACAGCAACCAGGCGUGGCUCCUGCGGCAGGUUUGUGCCAGCGAGUCGGUGGAGCCGGUCAUCUCCAGCCUGGUGUCUGUGCUGCUGAAGGGCUGCCAGGACUCGUCCCCAGAGGCCAGGCUCCUCUGUGGGGAGUGUCUGGGCGAGUUGGGAGCUGUGGAUCCUGGACGUCUGGAUCUGUCUCACACACUCACGCGCGGCGACCGCAACACCUUUGUGAGUGGGGUGGAUGAUCCGAACUUUGCUUAUGAUUUGCUGACUGAGCUCACCAGAACUUUUCUGGCUUAUGCUGACAAUGUCCGAGCCCAGGACUCUGCUGCGUACGCGAUUCAGGAACUGCUGUCUAUACUUGAGUGUCGUGAAGGAAGAACUGACUCAGCAGGCCGCCGUCUGUGGAGGAGAUUCCCAGAGCAGAUUCAGGAAAUCCUGGAGCCUCACCUCAACAGCAGAUAUAAGAGCAGCCAGAAGGAGGUGAACUGGUCCAAACUGAAGAAACCAGUUUACCUCAGCAGCAGAGGCAGCAAGUUUCCUGACUGGUCAGCCACCUGGGCCGGAUACCUCAUUAGCAAGGUGCGACACGAACUGGCCAGCAAGGUGUUCAGGUGCUGCAGCUUCAUUAUCAAACACGACUACAAGGUCACCAUCUACCUGCUGCCUCACAUCCUGCUCUACAUGCUGCUGGGAUGCACACCUGUGGAGCAGCAGGAGGUGACAGAGGAGAUGCUGGCCGUUCUGACGGAGGGCGAUGGGCGAGGGAGGGGCUGCACCCAGGAGACGGCCUCCAGCCUGUCGCAGCUCAGCACUCAGACUGUCUUCAGCAUGCUGUCACAUCUGACACAGUGGAGCCGCCACAUCCUGUACUCCAAAUCCAAAGUCAGCGAAAGUGGGGAUUAUCAGCGUGUGGGGGCCUUCCUGAAGGCCAUCCCACAAGAUGUCCUGGCCAAGGCCUCCUUAAGAUCCAAAGCAUACACUCGUGCCCUCAUGCACUUUGAAGCUCACAUAACGGAGAACAAAGAGAGCAUCCAAGACCACCUGACCUUCCUGCAGACGCUGUAUGCUGCGAUGCAUGAGCCGGAUGGAGUGAGAGGAGUCAACGCCCUGAGGAGGGAGGAGCCGUCGCUACGGGAACAGAUACUUGAGCACGAGAGCAUCGGUCUGCUCCGAGACGCAACUGCAUGCUACGACCGGGCCAUUCAGUUAGAGUCAGACCAGAUUGGUCACUAUCAUGGAGUGAUGACUUCCAUGCUGGGCCUUGGACAGCUUUCUACAGUCAUCACACAGGUUAACGGGGUCCUGGCUAAUAAGCAACAGUGGAAAUCAGAGCUGAACACUUACAGAGUGGAAGCAGCCUGGAAGCUGGGGAAAUGGGACCUGCUGGAGGAUUAUUUGAGCUCAGACCAGCAGUCGAGUACCUGGGGAGUGAGGCUCGGCCAGUUGCUGCUGUCAGCUAAGAAGCAGGACGCUGAGAGUUUCUAUGAGAAGCUGAAGCUGGUGAGGAAGGAGCAGGUGGUUCCCCUGUCUGCUGCCAGCUAUGAGUGUGGAACCUACCAGAGAGGAUAUGAGUACAUUGUCCGGCUCCACAUGCUCAGUGAGUUGGAGCACACUUUCACUGAGCUGCAACAGCGCAAGAAGGGCUCAGUGCCGCAUCUCAGCAAGCUGCCUCCUCAUUGGUCCGACCGACUGGAGAUGACCCAGAACUCCUUCAGGGCCAAGGAGCCAAUCCUGGCACUGCGUCGAGCCCUGCUCAGCCUCCAACCACAGCCUGUGUGCGAGGAGCUGGUGGGAGAGUGCUGGCUGCAAAGUGCCCGAGUGGCCAGAAAAGCAGGGCACCACCAGACGGCCUUCAAUGCUCUUCUUAACGCAGACAACACAAACCUGGCUGAGCUGGUCACAGAGAAGGCCAAGUGGCUUUGGUCUAAGAGCGAUGCACACCAGGCCCUGAUCGUCCUGCAGAAGGGCGUGGCCCAGUGUUUUCCUGAUGAUCAGACCCUAACGGACCCUCACAGUCUGCAGAUUAAAGGCAAGGCCAUGCUGCUGGUCGGUCGCUUCAUGGAGGAGACGGCCAACUUUGAGUCCAAUGCCAUCAUGAAGGCGUACAAGGAUGUGACCAACCUGCUGCCAGAGUGGGAGGAUGGGAACUUCUACCUGGCUAAGUACUACGACAAGGUGAUGCCGAUGGUGACUGAUAACAAGAUGGAGAAACAGGGAAAUCUGAUUCGAUACAUUGUCACCUUCUUCGGAAAGGCCCUGCAGUUUGGGAACCAGUACAUCUAUCAGGCCAUGCCUCGCAUGCUCUCCCUCUGGUUGGACUUUGGAGCUAAAGUGUGUGAAUGUGAGAAAGCGGGCCGUGCGGACAGACAGAUGCGACAAGAGCUGAGUAAAAUCAACAGCGUGGUCAGCGAGCACUGCUCUAACCUGGCGCCGUACCAGUUCCUCACCGCCUUCUCCCAGCUCAUCUCCAGGGUGUGUCAUUCUAGCGACGAGGUCUUCACUGUUCUCAUGACCAUUGUGGCCAAGGUGUUCCUAGCUUACCCCCAGCAAGCUAUGUGGCUGAUGACGGCUGUCUGCAAGUCAUCCUACCCCAUGCGUAAGAACCGCUGCAAUCAGAUCCUUAAGAAAGCCAUCAGUCUUAAACAGUCUCUGGAGAAAUUCAUCGGAGACGCCAACAGACUGACUGACAAGCUGCUGGAGCUGUGUAACAAACCGGUGGACAGCAACAGCACCAUGCUCAGUAUGAACGUCCACUUCAAGCAGCUAAAACGUCUGGUGGAGGAGCAAACGUUCAGCCAGAUCCUGAUCCCGCUGCAGUCCGUCCUCAUCCCCACGCUGCCGUCUACUGGUGGGGCAAACACGCAGCACGACGCCUUCCCAGGACACUGGGCCUACCUGGAUGGCUUUGAAGAUGCUGUGGAGAUAUUGGCAUCGUUGCAGAAGCCUAAGAAGAUAAGUCUGAAAGGCUCAGAUGGCCAGAGCUACACAAUGAUGUGUAAACCUAAAGAUGAUCUGAGGAAAGACUGUAGACUCAUGGAGUUUAACUGUCUCAUCAACAAGUGCCUCCGUAAAGAUGCCGAAUCGAGGCGAAGAGAAUUGCAUAUCCGCACCUACGCUGUGAUACCCCUCAACGAGGAGUGUGGCAUCAUUGAAUGGGUCAACAACACGGCUGGGCUGCGACACAUCCUCACAAAGCUGUACAAAGAGAGAGGCAUCUACCUGUCGGGUAAAGAGCUGAGGAAGCUUAUCCUGCCAAAGACGGCUCCUUUUGAGGAGAAACUGCGAAUCCACAAGGAGGUGCUGUGCUCUCGACAUCCUCCUGUCUUCUAUGAGUGGUUCCUCCGUACCUUCCCUGAUCCAACGUCCUGGUACAGCAGUCGCUCUGCAUACUGCCGCUCCACUGCUGUGAUGUCCAUGGUGGGCUACAUCCUGGGUCUGGGAGAUCGCCAUGGUGAAAACAUCCUUUUUGACUCGUUCACUGGUGAAUGUGUUCACGUUGACUUUAACUGCCUCUUCAACAAGGGGGAGACAUUCGACGUGCCUGAGGUGGUGCCUUUCCGCCUGACCCAAAACAUGGUUCAUGCUAUGGGGCCCAUGGGCACCGAGGGCCUGUUUCGACAGGCCUGCGAGGUCACAAUAAGACUAAUGAGAGACCAGAGGGAGUCGCUCAUGAGUGUGCUUAAAACCUUCCUUCAUGACCCUCUGGUUGAGUGGAGCAAACCAGCCAAAGGACUAUCGAAAACUCCUGCCAGUGAGACAGGAGAGAUAGUCAAUGAAAAGGCUAAAACACAUGUGUGUGACAUCGAGCAGCGUCUUCAGGGGGUGAUCAAGAGCAGGAAUAAAGUGCUUGGUCUGCCUCUGUCUAUAGAGGGACACGUGCACUACUUAAUCCACGAAGCCACAGAUGAGAAACUGCUCUGUCAGAUGUACCUGGGCUGGGGCCCGUACCUAUAAGAAUACCUCAGCUAAUGAAGUUAGUUCUUGACCCUGCCGUUACAGCACUUUGGACUGUUGAAUGAAAAACGGAUGGUUCAGUAUUUGUCCUGAAGUUUCUGUUGCUGUUUUGAAGUUUUCCGUUCUCUGGAAAUGUUAAAUUUACAUAUUUGUUCUUCUCUAAUAAACAAAAUGUCCAUUUGUAAA